AUGAAUCUUGCUUCUGAAGUUAUUGGUGAAGAGGAGCAAGUUUCUUCAGAUGCUAUGGAGAUUGAUAUGAAAAGUAAUAAUCUGAACUUUAUCUUUAAGGAUUGUUUUGAUUCUUCCAUCUUAAACCAUAUAUCUCUAACACCCUCACCCAAACCAUCUCCUAAACAUACUCCAUCACCUGUUCAUAACAGAUUUCAACUUUCAGAACCUGUGAUAGAUUCCCCUAACCCAACACCUAUCAUUCAUAUUCUAGAAAAUGGUACAAAUCUUGUUGACUCUGAACAUCCUACUGCUAAAGAUCAACCAGAACCUUCACCUUCACCUAAAACCCAACGUGCAACUCAAACAAAACCCCAACCUACACCCCAACCCUCACCUAAACCAACACCUCAACCCGAACCUAGUUCUGUUCAUAAUCAAUCUCAAGUUCAAGUUACAUAUGAACCCCAUAUUGAAACUGUACAAGUUUUUUUGGACCAACCUCCACCUGAAACCAACCUUAACCAAACUAUUCAAGAAAACCAACCAUAUGCCCAUCAUUCCUCUCCUUAA